UAAACAUGUCAAAUUCAAUACAUUUGUAUUUAGUUCCACAAUUCGCCGAUUGCCAAGAUCAACUGGAUUUUUCAGUAGAUGCUCCAUUGAUAAAAAAAUUGUGAAUUAUUAGUGAUUACAGAACAACCUUGUGCGCUGAUAUAACUGCAUUCCUGUCUCCUUCUGUGUCUGUUUAUUAUGAACUAUUACAGAAAUCGGUCGCCUUUAAAUUGCAUGACCGAAGAAUAGGAUAAAGUGAAAAGUUUAAAUUCUGUGUUUUUGGUAUUGUUGAUUAUCGUUCCUAAUAGUUGGAAAAAGUUCCUUCAGUAUUUUGGUCUGUCUACAACAUCGGCUGUGGUGAUUUUUUUAUAUCCGUUCUAAGCAAUGUCGUAAAAGAAAAUUUUACGUUGUAGUUGUUAUGAACGAGUAAUAUUAAUGUUUUCCGAGUAACAUUAUAUGAACAAUUUUCUUAAGUCGAGGGCGGCUUUCUGUAGAAAAUUCUUUUCGAAAGACUUAUUCAGAUCACGUGUAACAUUUCAUUACGAUCAAGUAGCAAGGAUGGGUUUGUUAAGUGAAGGAAGCCCUCUGUCCUGGGAUGAGACGAAGUCCUUGGCGGAGCAUGUCCGUCAGCACGGCAUCGAGCAGUUCAUUAAUCUGUACGUGAAGCUGCAGGAGCGUACAGGCGAUGUGCUCAAGUGGGGAGAUGAGGUGGAAUACAUUAUAGUAAAGUUUGAUGAUGAAAACCAGCGAGCCACAGUCAGCCUCAUAGCCAAUAAUAUCCUUCCCAAACUGCAGGAGAAGGAGUUAGCAGACCCUCAAAAUGUAAAGUCUCUAUGGCGGCCGGAGUACGGCGCGUACAUGAUAGAAGGUACCCCGGGGCGGCCGUACGGAGGCCUGCUAGCUCAUUUCAAUAUUGUGGAGGCGAACAUGCAGUACCGCAGAGCUGAAGUUUCACAUUUGUUACCCCCGGGAGAAGUCAUAAUGAGCAUCACGAAUUUUCCAAGAUUAGGCUGUCCAAAUUUCACAACUCCCGCGUUCCCGCCGACACCACAUGACGGCGUGUCUAGAUCAUUAUUCUUUCCUGAUGAGGGCAUUUUCCCUGGACACCCUCGCUUCAAAACACUUACCUCCAACAUUCGACAACGACGUGGUGAAAAAGUAGCUAUUAAUUUACCAGUGUUCAAAGAUAUCAACACGAAGAUUCCGGUGGAUGACUCUUACUUGAAGGAGCCUGGUGUCGCUAAGCCGGACUGCGUGUACCUGGAUGCCAUGGGCUUCGGCAUGGGCUGCUGCUGUCUGCAGCUUACCUUCCAAGCUUGUUGCAUUACAGAAGCGCGCACACUCUACGACCAGCUCGCUCCUCUGUGCCCUAUAAUGCUGGCUUUAUCAGCGGCUUCUCCUAUCUUCCGCGGUUUCCUGACCGACGUGGACUGUCGCUGGAACGUGAUCGCGGGCUCCGUGGACUGCAGGACGCGCGAGGAACGCGGCCUGGAACCACUCAAGAACAAUAGGUUCCGCAUCAACAAGUCGCGUUAUGAUUCCAUUUCUUCUUACAUCUCGCCGGAAAAUGAAGCGUACAACGACAUCAACAUAGUUCACGACAAGGCUCUGUACCGGCGACUGCGUGAAGGCGGCAUCGACCACCCGCUGGCUCUGCACGUGGCGCACCUGUUCAUCCGCGACACCGUCUCGCUGUUCUCCGAGAAGGUGCACCAGGACGACCAGAAUGAUACCGAUCAUUUUGAAAACAUCCAGUCGACGAACUGGCAGACGAUGCGCUUCAAGCCGCCGCCGCCGAACUCGCCCAUCGGCUGGCGCGUGGAGUUCCGCCCGUGCGAGGCGCAGCUCACGGACUUCGAGAACGCGGCCUACGUCUGCUUCGUGGUGCUGCUCACCAGGGUCAUACUGUCCUACCGGCUCAACUUCGUCAUGCCUAUUAGCAAGGUGGAUGAGAACAUGCAGCGCGCACAGCGUCGCAACGCGUGCCUGAGCGAGAAGUUCUGGUGGCGCCGCGACGUGGGCGCCCCCACCGACCUCGCCAAGCACGUCGCCGACCCCAACGAGCUCUACACUGAGAUGACCAUCGACGAGAUCGUCAACGGAAAGGACGGCAUCUUCCCGGGCCUGAUCCCGCUGAUCGAGUCGUACCUGUCAGGCAUGGACGUGGACGCGGACACGCACUGCUCGGUGCAGCAGUACCUCAAGCUCAUCCAGCGCCGCUCCUCCGGCGAGAUCUCCACCAUGGCCUCCUGGAUGCGCAACUUCGUCACCUCCCACCCGCAGUACCAGAAAGAUUCGGUAGUCUCUGAAAAGAUAAACUACGACCUCUUGAAGACUGCUUACGGCAUUCAGUCGGGCACCUUCCCCGCGCCCACACUGCUGGGCAGCAGCAACGUGUCGAAGACAAACGAAGACAUUCCCAAGGCGUUCAGCAAGAUGAUGAGCAAGGAGUGUCCUUAACCGCGGCCCCAAGCCCUCUAACUACUUGUUAUGUUACAACGACAUUUAUGUACCAGUCUGACCGGUCUAGGACACUCAUAAGAAAAAUUAAAUUCAAAACAAAUAAAAUAAUUUAUUUGACAAAAAAGUGAGAAUGAAAAUAUAACCGAUGUUUCCCGAUUAUACAAAUAAACGCUAAAUUAUGGUUAACUAGACUACUGCCAGCGGGUUUUCCCGCUUCGUGAAGUAAUUACUUCCUGUACUGAGCUAUGUCACUGUCAAGUUUCAUCAGAAUCCGUUCAGCCGAUUACGCAUGAACCAGUAACAAACACAGUCACAAACUUUCAGUUUUAUUAUUUUACCCCUCAUCAUGCUCAGCCUGUUCGAUAGAAUUGUCUAUUCAAUGUUUCUACACAUUUUUUUUUCUAUUCUGUUGUUCAGGGUGAGUAUCUGUUGCGGUACAUCAGUGUCGUUGUUGUUAUUUGUAAUUAGAGUUGCCUUACUUUAUUCACUCUGACGAGAUUUAUAUAGGACGGCAUAGCUACCUUACUUUGUUACUAUAAUAUAUUAAUAUAAUGUUCGGCACAGGAUACAAGUUAAAUCUUAUACGUACUUAAUAACAUUCCCCAGUUCUACGACGCCGCAUGUCUUGCACGAUCGACAAGGUUGAAACUUUUAUCUUGUGACGAGGUUUGUUCGAAUUAGAAGUGAUAUCUUAAAUACAUUUAUAUAAAUCACAAGUUAUUAAGAAUAGAGACCCCAAUGUGACCUUACCUUAGAUUUAAAUAAAAAUCUCGCAUUUUAUAAUAUUUACGGCUCGAGGAAAUUGCAGAAUAUUAUCUUUCUUAUUGUAAUUCUAAACCGAGUAAAAUAUAUAGUAUGUCAAGAAUUAUUGUGAUACGAUAUAAAUUCAGAUAGAAGAUACGUGUGAUGUCUGUAUAUUAUAUUCUAUGUGGUUUAAUAAUUUCGCUGUAAGAAAAUUAUUUCAAAUUGCGUAAAUAUUGUUUAGUUUUUAAUUAGUCUAUCCAAAAACGAGAUAAACUUAAAGUUUCGUACUUACCUAUGUUUUAGAUUUAGGUCAAGAUAAAAAUUACAGGUACUUAAGAAUUUGUUUUUUGAAAUCAUAAGGUUUACAUAAUACUUACUUGGCAAUGGCUCUUUCUUAUUUUUGUUAUACAUAUGUAUAGUUUAAUUAUUUUAGUUAGUUACACACUUUGGUGCACACAGUUAUUUGCGCCAACUGGCAUUUAAAGCAGUAUUAGCUGAAACAUUUCCAUUGCAGUGUAUAACAAAUUGUCACGUAUAUGUUAAAUAGACCGACUAGAGACGUUGAACUCACGCGAAAUGUAAAUAUGUACAAUGAAAAGAAUAGAGAAUGGUUGUGAAUGCUGAAGUGAAAAGUAGCAUAUUUUGGAGAAUGUGAUAAGGUUUGACACAAUUUGUUACUUGUUUUUACUCAUAAGCUCAUGUUUACGUCCGCAUGUUUAGCGAGAACAGAUUAUAGACCUAAUUCUUAUCCGAUGAAUUAAGUAGAUCAAUUGCAUGAUGCACUCGUCAUCACGGUUGUUUUCGAUUUUAUUGGUCAUUCAUUUCAAUCUGUCAAUCUGAUAUCUACAACAUAAAGGGAUAUUGUUGAUGUUACAAUUUGAAAAACGACUGAUAUAGAGAGUGUGUUUUAAAGCGCUUUCAAAUUUACGGAUUUUCGUGCAUAUACCUAUACUGUUUGACUUCGCGCGGUUUUAGUCGCCUGCACUCCAACUGGUAUUUAUCAAAUGUAUGUUGUCGCACGGGCGACAACGCCAGUGCGUUUUCCGCGUUACCGCUUGGAAAAAUCGACGGGAAAAUCCGCCAGUUUAAAAGCGCGCAUUAUAUUGAACCAAACUUCGACUUUUAAUAGAUACUAUUAAAUUUGAUACGUAAUAAUGAUAUAUUUCAUGCACAUACGUGCUAGUUUGAUAAAAUUAAACUAAAAUAUUAUAAUUUACUACAAUUAAAAUCACUGAAAAGUUCAGUAUGAUAGUGAGAAAAGUACACGAUACCCUCUUAGUUUAUUGAACCGAUUGGUAAAAUGGAAAAAAUAGUGAUCAACAGGAGCAAUAUACCAAUAACAAAGCUAAUUAAUUUCGUGCAUCAUCUCAAGCAAUGAUUUUGAAUCACGAGUAACAGCUGCCUAAUUUAGCUAGAGGCGUGAAAUGUAUGGAAUUUUUUUUAAAUAUUUUUCACCUAAUUUUGCUACUUAUGUAUUUUUUUCAUGGGUUUAAUGGUCACAUAGACGUUAUUUUAAUUUUAAUGAGUUCCUUAUUGAACCAAGUAAAUUACAAAUUUAUGAAGAAAAAUAUCUUAUGUUAGCACUAAAAUAGUUUAUGUUAAAAGAUUUUUUUUUUCUAAAUUACACAUGUCUUAAUUUCGUUUACAUACAGAAUUAUUUUUACGUGGUUUGUUAUUUUAUAUUGUUCACUGUUAGUGAAGUUUUUAAUUAAUUAAUGUAAUAAAAUAUGCAUUCAAUAAAAUUAUUCGAUUGUUA